AUGGUCGCCAUCUCGCUUGCCCUCCCCGCCCUCGCCCUCGGUGCUCGUGCCGAUCUCACCACCUGCCAGUCGGACUGUGUCGCGCAGUACCUCUGCGCCGGCGUCACCGACUACCUCGACUCGUCGUGUAUCUGCUCGGAUGACUUCCAGCAGAACGUCAAGGGAUGCCUGUACGCUGCCUCGUCGUGCGCCAACGACGUCCCGACCUGGUUCGACUACGCCGAGUCGGCAUGUGCCGCUGCCUCGUCGGGCUCGUCGGGCUCGUCGGGCUCGACGGCUUCUGCCACUGAGACGGCUGCUGCCGACUCGACUGCGCAGGCCGACUCCAGCUCGGGCUCCGCCACGGGCUCCCACACUGGAUCCCGUAGCUCGGCCACUGGCUCGGCCUCGGCUUCAGCCACCUCGGAGGCCAAGGCCGCUGCGUCGUCGACGGCCGCCUCGUCCGGCGCGCUUGGUGCCAAGGUCCCCGCCGCUCUCGGUGCCCUCGGUAUUGCUGCUGGCCUCCUUCUCUGA